AUGGAGCCCCUGUCCGCUUCGCUGGCUGCGCUGGAUGCGCUUGCAGGGCCGGGGGGCGAUGCGCUUUCCUGGGCAUCCCAGACGCUUGCACCAUCGCUGGCGCCGGCGCUUGGCUUUGGCCUUGCUGCCAGCCAAGCCCUCGUCGCCUGCGGGAAGCUGUGCAUGCUGCUGGAGCCAGCGAUCUGGCGCUUCCUGGAGGAGUCGGGCCCCGAGGUGAACGACCCUGAGGUGACUGAGAGUGUGCCGGAGCCCGGCAGGGAACACGACAACGUGGACACCGUCGUCCCAGAGCUGAUCCCCUGGGAUGCACACCUGGAAAAUCCGAAUAUCCAUGACAGGCAGUACUUCGCAGACAUGCAACCACACGCUACAGAGUUCAUCGCCCGCAGCGAGUUUGUGAGCCUUGGCUGCUACUGCGCACCGGCCUAUGCCCUGCAACUGCUGGACUUACGCAAGAACUCCUACCCCUUCGACUGGGUACGCAGCCCCUUAGAGGGCAUUGUGCACUGCAUCAACGCGGAGUUCAGUGACUUCCUUUCCUACACUGAACGGCGGCGCGGGGAGGAGGAGCUACACGAUGUGUUCUAUGGAGCACACUGGGGUGGCAGCUUCUGGCAUGCGAACCUCGACGAUGCCCGCACGCGUGAGGACAUUUUACGGAGAGCACAGAGAUUCCUUGGACGUGGCGAUGUGCCGCGGCAGGCCUCGCGCGUGUUUGUGCGGCUGGUGAACCUAGGACUCCCACUAGCACUCCCUUUCGCCCUCUUUCGACCGUCGCCGGGGAAAACUAGGAACAGCACGCGCGAACUCGAGCAAGCUUGGCAGCUGCGACAGCAGCUGAUGAUGACCCUCCCCGAGGCGCAGGGUAUCUUUGUGCUCUUGCUGGUGGAGCUGCAAGGCGAACGCGGCCCUAUGCUGGUCCAUGCGCCAGAAGGUGAGGGCAUCAUCGUCUUCAGCUUCACGGAGGAAGACUACCAGCAAGUCCCAGCACCCGGGCGUCACCCUCUGGCAACCUGCGGCGAGCGCUGCUGCGAAGCGAUCGCCGAGGCCAUCAUCCUCUGGAGCGGGCAGCGCAGGCCUGCGCGAGCUUACGCCAGCUUUGCGCACCUAGCUGCGGACAUCUACCCGUUCGAUGGUGGCGAUCCGGCCUGGCAGCUCUUUACCCCUCAGUGGCAGGCGCCUCAGGAGCCCCUGCCGUGUCUGCUGGCUUCUCGGGGCCCUGGCGCGGCGUUCCAUUGCGGCCAACACUGGUAG